GUGUUGUGUGAAACGGCGGGAACCGUGGCUCUGACUCGUAGUCUAGAAUAGCUGGCUGUAAGAGAAGCAUCCAUAGACGGUGCAUUAAAAAUAAUUUAAAAAAUAACAAAGUGCUUUGUUUUUAAUAUUGAGUGAUAAAUAGUUAAAAACUGACAAAGAAAAGUAAACGGAGAGAACUUUACUGAUACCGGUGUUUUUAAUAAAAUUGUGGUCAAAAUGAAUAUUUUUCUAUCGAAGUUCAAGUGGCAGAAUGGGACAAGAAUCAAUCAGUAUUUGUUCGCGAUUCUCAUUACCAUACCUCUCCUGAGCUUCGGCAUGGUGCAAGGCUGGCUCUCCCCCAUGAUCACCGUGCUCAAGUCCCCCUCCUCCCCCGUCCCCUUCACCGCCGGGGAUAUCUCCUGGAUGACGUCAGUGACGUAUAUCACGGCCAUAGUGGUCGGGGCUCCCAUGGGAUACCUGACCGAUCGGUAUGGGAGGAAGUUUAUGACGCUCGCGACUACUGCGUCGUUGAUUCUCUACUGGUCCAUCAAGCUGUUUAGCCUCCGUCCCUGGGCGCUGGUUUUGGCGCGCGCCGUGGCCGGCGUGCCCUGCUCCGCGUGCUACAUCGUGCUGCCCAUCUACCUGAAGGAGAUCAGCGACAUCGACCUGAGAGGCUUCAUGGGCUCGCUGCUUAUUAUGAACAGGAACAUCGGCUACCUGCUGAGCUACAUCUGCUGCGACUUGCUCGACGCAACGCUGGUGCUGUGGAUCGGGCUGCUGGUGCCCACGGUGACCUUCUUCGUCUUCCUCUUGAUGCCUGAGACCCCUGAGUUCCUGGUUAAACAGGGGAAGAUUGAGGAAGCGAAGUCAGUGCUGGCCUGGCUGCGUGGUGUGCCGGCGACCGACCCCGCGCUGGAGAGAGACAUCGACCAGGCGGUGAGGGUCGAGAAGAAGACGCAGGCCGAUGACAAGACCGCUUGGGGUAUCAUUUUGCGCGACCCAACAACCUUCAAAGCGUUCAUCAUAACCCUCGUCAUCAAGAUCACGCAGCAGUUCGACGGCUACCUCAUCGUGCUCAUCUACGCGUCCAUGGUGUUCGAGAAGGCGUCAGAGUCCAUCAGCCUGCAGCUCAGCCCCAACAAGCAGGUCAUACUGAUAGGCGUGGUGCAGCUUCUGGGGUCGGUAGCUGCUACGUGUAUUGUGGAGAAGACUGGGAGAAAGUUGCUCCUAGUCUCCACGUCGCUGGCCAUGGGGGUCAGCAUGGCUCUGCUCGGCAGCUGGUUCUACGUGACGUCGGUGGGCGGCUGGCUGCCGGGCUGGCUGCCCGUGCUGGCCAUGUGUGCGUGUAUCUUCGCAGACGCGGCUGGGUUCCAGCCUGUCUCGUAUAUUAUUAUCACGGAUUUGUUCACUUUCCAGCUCCGCGGCACCGUGUCAUCCUUCGCGAACAUCAGCGCAAAACUCAGCAACUUCGUGCAAAUGAAGUGGUUCACGGCCGUCAGCGAGCUCAUCGGCAUCCACUGGACCUUCGCCUUCUUCUCUAUAGUCAGCCUCUUCGCCUGCUUCUACUCUGUACUCUGUUUCCCAGAGACCAGACACAAGACUGUGGAUGAAAUCUACCAGAAGCUGUCGAAACGGAAAGAGGAAAAGACGGAUUCUGUACCCUGACUGACUUGCUGAGCGAUGACUCUGAUUUGGUUUUUAAAAUGGCGUUGACGCGAUUUGAUUCAUUUGUGUUGGUGUGACCAGUGUGCUUUGGUGCGCUGUUUGACUGGCUCUGUCCCAGAGACCAAUAGUAGCGUUGUAGUUCGGCGGUGUCAGCCAAUCGCAGAUCAGCAUCAGCACUCAAUGUCAGCUUAAGCGCUCUUGUGAUUGGUUGGGGAGUUAAAAAUCUAUCAAAAUGACAAUAAUACCGACUUGGAUCGAGUUAUUGGUGCUGUUAACAGGUUUUGACAUUUAAUAUUGCUGCUAUUUUUAUGGAGAACUCUUAAACCGAUACUAAAAACUUUUAUUUAUUUGCGGCUGUGUUGACUUAAAAAUGUGAUAAGAUAGGUAUAAUCGAAAAAAACUUGGUUCUCUGUUCAAAGUACUUACAUACUUACUAAAUACAUACCUAACUAUUUUUAAUCAUUUAAAAAAAUGCCUUUAUAGUAAAUUUGUGAAUGUAUAUUUUUAAUACUUUAUUAUAAUUAGGAUCUUUUCUGUUUGCCAUAAUUUAAUGUUUACUUUAUUAGUCAUAGGUACUAGUUAUAAAAUAAGAAUAAAGGUAUAACCAGGUAAGUUUUGAGCCGAAAUCAAUGGUAAAACUAAGACUCUUACAUAAAGGUCAGCAAUGCUAGGAACUACAGGAUGUUUCAAAACUGGUAUAGUUAGCCGAAAGGGGAUGACUAAUGGGGUUAUUCUAAACCACUUUCGUUCUAACUAGUUAUGAAUUUUGGAAAAAAAACAGUCACACGGUAAAAAAGCUACGUGAGCUAUACCGUCUUUGUAUUUUUAAACAUUUUUUACCUCUAGAGACAGUACCUACUUAAGUACAUUUUUUAAAAUAAGAACUGAGUAGAUUCAAGAAUCUCAUUUA